AUGAUUCCCGUAGAGGUGGGACUGAUGCAGAUGGUGUCCAAGCCGGUUUGCAGUCCGUACGUCCUGGAGCUGCUGGAAUGGUUUCAGAUCCCUGACUACAUGGUCUUGAUCUUAGAGAAACCCAGUCCCUGCAUGGACCUCCUAAAGUUCUGUGAACUUCACGGUGGUAAAUUGCCUGAACCCCUGGUUCGGGACAUCAUGUUCCAGCUGGUUCAGGCUGUUCGCCAUUGCUUUGACUGUGGAGUUUUUCACAAUGACGUCAAGCCUGGGAAUAUUCUGAUCAACUUGCAGACACUGCAAAUUAAGUUGAUCGACUUUGGCUGUGGCGACCUAGAUAAGGGCACACCCUACACGGUCUGCCCAGGUACUUUGGAGUACUUCCCUCCCGAGUGGUUCAGACACAGGAAGUACAUGAGUCGUCCUGCUACAAUCUGGACUCUGGGCAUCGUCCUAUUUCAAUUACUCUGUGGCGAUGUGCCCUUUCUUUCAUCGAACGAAACUGCUGCUGCAGAGCUGCACAUCCCUCCUGGUUUGUCUGAAGACUGCUGCAAGCUGAUAUCCUGGUGCCUGAAGCCAGAGCCUAAAUCUCGGCCAAAUUUCAAGCAAAUGCUUAAGCACCGGUGGCUGAUGGGCAGACCGAGCUGUUUCCAGAGCUUUCCUGUCAUUGGGGGCCUGGUCUCACAGCUGAUACAAUUUCUGGACUGUUACAUAGAAUAA